UUUUCUAGCAGGGGAGUUCCAAACAAUAAUUAAUGCCAGCACAAUCAGCUGCAUUUUCGCGGAGAAUAACAUCCAAUGCGCAAUGUAAGGGGCGUUGUCAAGUGUAACCGGGAUGAAAAUCUAUUUAAUCCAAGGAGGACGUCCGUUAUUUAAUGGUUAUUUUAUGUUAUGUUAUGUUCAUUAUUAAUAUAACAAAGUCCGCCAUAUGAGUGCGUAAGUUCCAGUCACGUAGUGUUGCGUCAUCACGUACGUACCUGGUAGGCCGCGGCUGUCCAAUCGCGUCGCUCGUAGCGCCUGUUACAAGCUGUCUGCUCCGUCUCUCAUUCAGAAGGUGAGGGGAAGCAUGCGGAGCAGCUGCUACAGGUCGGUCGCUACAAACAAAUACUAUUUUCACUCAUAAAUUCUUGGUUAUAUCAUUCUAAAUGCCGCCGUAACAUCAUUCAACCCUUUUAGACAUCAACCAGCGUCGGGGAGGAAUAAGUUGGUCGUGUGGUGCGUCGGAUAUAUUCUGGAAUUGGCUAGGUGCUUGUACGGACGCAGAAUCGAAUCGAUGGCGAGCUAAGACACUGGCUUGGAGCCGAGCAGUCCCAGUUAAGAGCUCUCCUGGUCUGGUAGGAGGCUCUGGCAGCCUUGUUCCCCCCUCACCUUCUCUUACACCCACACACACACACACACACACACACGCACUCGCACUUUGAGGCUUCUAGCCCAUGGACAGUUGACAUAUUGGACUCUGCCUUUGCGGCGCACAUGCUGGACUGUUUUGAGCGCCUCAUCCUCUAUGAAUUCGGUGCCUUUGCGAUACGCAACAUCGUGUGUGGAACUGCUGCCAUAUUGGCUACAACUGAGACUGGUUUUGAUUUGAAUGUUGUUGAUGCAUCAGACGUGUCAAGUGCACUUUUCUAUUUAAUUCAUGUACUCUGCAGACUGUAAAUAUUGGGGUCACUGUAUGUAUUGUCACGCAUUAAUAUAUGGUACCAACCGCAUCUGAAGUGCUGUUUGUUGUGUUUUAUUGUACCACUACCUCUAAGAAUCGAACCUGUCUUCUGUAGACCUAGGCCCAAAAGCUAGCUUAAUACUAAUAUAAUAAUCAUACCAUAUCACCAUAAUUUAGCCUGUGUACUUGCUACACAAGUCUGUCUCAAUUUCGUUUAAAUGUCCCCGCGUACUUGGCCACUUAAUACAUGCUUGAACACUAUAGGCAAAUGUACGUUCCGCUUGGCAAAACGUCACCAAAGUGUGUGCGUAACCAAGCGCACUCAGCCCAGUGUGGAAAAUGGGACAGGCCGAAUUGAUCAUCUUGUCGAUAGCGCCGUAGGCUCGCUGUGAACAAUACUCGACUCUGUAGCUCCCCUUUAAAAGAAGUUAACAAAGCAAAGAAAGUUCGCUCCUUGGUAUAACUUUCAAACCCGUAAGUUAAAACAAAUAUCAGGAAAAUUUGAAAGGAAUUAACCAAACAAGCAAUUAACCAAACUGGAAGAAUCUCGCUUAGUCUGGGCAGACAGUCCUCAAAUCUGUCCUCAAACACAGCUGUAAGACCUAAUAUAUAUUUAGAUUGCUUCUCCCCCAAUUUCUCUUCAACAAUUGACCUCAGUGAUUUCUUUAUUUAAAUCAUCAACGUGUAUCUUAGACCCCAUCCCAACUAGGCUACUUAAGGAAGUCUUACCUUUAGUUAACACUCAUAUAUUAGAUAUGAUCAGUAUAUCCUGAUUAACAGGUUAUGUACCACAGUCUUUUAAGGUAGCUGUAAUUAAACCUCUCCUAAAAAAGCCCACCCUGGAUCCAGAGGUGUUAGCCAACUAUAGACCAAUAUCUAAUCUUCCCUUUCUUUCAAAGAUCCUUGAGAAAGUAGUCACAGUCUCCAUGAUAAUAAUUUAUUUGAGGAAUUUCAGUCAGGAUAUAGACUGCAUCAUAGCACUGAGACAGCACUAGUUAAAAUUACAAAUGAUCUUCUGAUUGCUUCAGACAAAGGACUCGUCUCUGUACUUGUUUUAUUAGAUCUUAGUGCGUCCAUCAAAUUCUGCUACAGAGACUGGAACACUUAAUUGGCCUAAAAGGUUCUGCACUAAGCUGGUUUAAAUCUUAUUUAUCUGAUCUUUUUCAGUCUGUUCACGUCCAUGAUGAAUCAUCCUUACGUACUAAAGUUUGUUUUGGAGUUCCGCAAGGUUCUGUGCUGGGACCAAUCCUAUUUACUCCCGAUAUGCUUCCUUUAGGUAACAUCAUUAGAAAUCACUCUGUAAAUUUCCAUUGUUAUGCGGAUGAUACACAGUUGUAUUUAUCUAUGAAGCAAGAAGAAAGUAAUCAAUUAACUAAACUUCAUAAUCGCCUUAAAGACAUAAAAACCUGGAUGAGCACCAAUUUCCUUAUGUUAAAUUCAGACAAAACUGAAGUUAUUGUUCUUGGCCCCAAACAACUCAGAGACUCUUUAUCUGAUGACAUAGACUACGUUUACAUGCAGUCAAUAUUCGGGUUAAGGUCAAUAUUCCGGUUUCUGAAACAUUCGGAAUAACCCGUUUACAUGCGUGAGCAAACAGGGUUAUUCCUGUAUACAUGGUAAUUGUAAUCAAUUGGAAUAUCCCGAUCAGAACAGCGACGCACGGACAACGUGUCGACGCACGGAGAACGUCAUGACGCACUGCGCGUCAUUUUAGCUUCUUCUUCCUGUAUCCAAAAACAACAACGAGGGCAGCACGGCGGAUAAUGAACAGCCCAGGGCCGGUAGCAGUCGCUUUCGUCGUUUGCGCUUUGGUGCUGGUACUGACCCACCACCAGUACUUGACACUAUUCUGUCUCUCUGUCUUCAUUAAUGGAAGGCGAGAACGUGAAGAAAUAGGAAAUGGAGCCGGAGCUGUGCCAUCCAUAUCCAUGCUACCCGUUUCCACCAGAGCCCCCCGGACACUUUGGAUGAAGGUGCGCAGUCAGGACUGGUGGGAACGGGUAGUAAUGAUGGAGUUCACCGAUGCCGACUGGCGUGACAAUUUCCGUAUGUCGCGUCGAUCCUUUACUAAACUUUGCCAGAUGAUGGAGAGAGUGAUGGAGCCCUGUGAAAUCACCGUUCGCACACCGGUGCCUCUAGGGAUGCGUGUUGCUAUGGUGCUAUAUAAACUAGCAAGCUGUGCAGAGUACCGUGUGAUAGCCAAUCAGUUCGGAGUGCACAAGAGCACCGUGAAGAAAAUGGUGUACUUAUUCUGCCACGGAAUGGUCGAUUCUGUUAUCAAAACGCUGAUCAGAGCACCCACUUUGGAGGAGGCAUGUGCCAUCGCAGGAGGUUUGAACGGGACCACUCCAUUCCUCAAAUCAUAGGCUGUGUGGACGGGAGUCACAUCCCUUGUUUGCCUCCCAGUGAUGGCUACAGGGACUUCAUAAAUAGGAAGGGAUGGCCCUCCUAUGUCCUCCAGGGAGUCUGUGAUGACAAAUACUGCUUCUGGAGUGUGAGCUGCAAAAUGCCUGGUUCUGCGCAUGACGCCAGUGCCCUCAAGCAGUCCGAUCUGUUCCGGAAUGCCCACCUCCUCCCAAAGAGAGCUGUGCAGAUCGAGGGGCAGGAUGUGGAUUUCUUCCUGCUCGGAGAUCCUGCUUACCCGCUGAUGCCUUGGCUCAUGAAGGGCUAUCUGCAAUCUCCAAGACUGACACCACAGGAGGAAUCCUUCAAUGUGUAUUUGAGUUCUGCUAGAACUUCUAUUGAGAUAGCAUUUGGUAGACUGAAAUCUCGUUUCCGUGUUCUCUUGAAGCGCAGUGAUUUUCAUUUCACAUUUACACCAUACAUGGUUGCAACAUGUUGUGCUCUGCACAAUUUUUGUGAGAUGGAGAAGGAGCAUGUGAAUCCCAGAUGGGCAGAGGAUGCAGCAUCUGUGGGAAGGCAGUUUCCACAGCCUGUGCCACAGGCCAGUACAACAUCCACUGGUGCAGCCACAGCCAUCAGACGGGCACUAACUGAUUACCUUGCUGCACGUGUCCCACUCCGUAGGCGCUUAUAGGAGAGGAGGAGAGAGAGGGAGGAGGAGAGAGAGAGAGAGGAGAUGAGGGAAGAGAGGAGGGGAGAGGCGAGAUGAUGGGAGAGAGAGGAGAGAUGAGGGGGGAGAGAGAAGGGAAAGUAGAUGGAUCUAAGCUACUGAUUUGUUACUUGGCAUUGUAGUAGGCUUUUUUGAGGGUCUUCCAAUGUUUAUCUGUUCUGGAGUGUGUAUGAAACUAGCUUCACAAAGUUUGUUGCUCACUACUUAUGAGAGACAGAGGAGAAGAAGAGAGUAUCUCAAAGUUUUGUUUACAAUUUCUAAUAGAAGUUCAAUACAUGUAAAGUUUCAAGUAACUUUUAUUUAAAGUUUGUAAUACAAAUAAAAUAUUUUCACAUAAAAAUAACUCUGGUUUUGUUUUUACAAUGAGGUACAAAUAAGGGGCAACUUGUACUUGCAGUAAAAAUAUGGAGCAACUUGUUGCAGAAUAUUUUCAAAUGUGUGGAACA